AUGGCGGCGCUGAGGGCACUGCUGAAGCUCCGGGCUCCGGCUGCAUGGAGGGGGAUGGUGGGCAGGCAGGCUACUCGCUCCCUCAGUGAAUUCACGUCUCUGGAGGAAAAGCCGCAGUUCCCAGGAGCCUCAGCUGAGUUUGUGGACUCUCUAGAGUUUAUCCAGCCCAAUGUCAUCUCUGGGAUCCCAGUGUAUCGGGUGAUGGACCGACAGGGGCAGAUUCUCAACGCCAGUGAAGACCCCCUUAUCCCUCAGGAGCAAGUACUUAAGUUCUACCACACUAUGACCCUACUCAACACUAUGGAUAGGAUCCUGUAUGAGUCUCAAAGACAGGGAAGAAUUUCAUUCUACAUGACAAAUUACGGUGAGGAGGGCACACAUGUGGGUAGUGCAGCUGCUCUUACUGACACAGACUUGGUAUUCGGACAGUAUCGAGAGGCAGGAGUCCUGAUGUACAGGGGGUAUCCUCUGGAUCUUUUUAUGGCGCAGUGCUAUGGUAAUGCCUUAGACCCCGGAAAGGGGCGGCAAAUGCCUGUACAUUAUGGUUGUAAAGAUCGGAAUUUUGUUACCAUCUCUUCUCCAUUAGCAACACAGAUACCACAAGCUGUGGGUGCAGCAUAUGCUAUAAAACGUGAAAAUGCAGAUCGUGUCGUCAUUUGCUACUUUGGUGAAGGUGCAGCAAGUGAAGGAGAUGCCCAUGCUGCUUUUAAUUUUUCUGCAACAUUGGAGUGUCCAGUGAUCUUCUUCUGUAGGAAUAAUGGAUAUGCCAUAUCGACCCCAACCUCUGAGCAGUACCGUGGGGAUGGCAUUGCUGCUCGAGGUCCUGGUUAUGGAAUCCUGUCUAUUCGAGUGGACGGAAAUGAUGUCUUCGCAGUGUACAAUGCGACCAAAGAGGCAAGGCGCAGAGCAGUAGCAGAGAACCAGCCAUUCCUCAUAGAGGCUAUGACGUACAGGAUUGGACAUCAUAGCACCAGCGAUGACAGUUCUGCCUACCGGUCAGUGGAUGAAGUCAACUACUGGGACAAACAGGAUCACCCCAUUUCUCGGCUUCGUCACUACAUGAUGCACAAGGGCUGGUGGGAUGAUGAACAGGAGAAAGUAUGGAGAAAAAAGUCCCGCAAACUGGUGAUGGAAGCUUUUGAAGAGGCUGAACGUAAACGUAAGCCCAAACUCGAAUACCUUUUCAGUGAUGUCUAUGCAGAGAUGCCACAACAUAUUAAAAAACAGGAAGAGGCUCUGGCGAAACAUUUGAAGGUGUAUGGAGAGCAUUACCCUCUGGACAGCUAUGAGAAAUAA